GGUCGGCCUCACGCCCCCGGUGACGUCAUUGCUGCGCGCCCGGUGCUGCACGUGGUGUGAUGGAGGAUCUCCGGAGUUUGGCUGCCGAGCUGCACCGGGUUCAGGCCCUGAAAUUCGGCCGCUUCCAACUGAAAAGCGGAAUCAGCUCCCCGGUCUACUUCGACCUCCGAGUCAUCGUGUCUCACCCGGCCCUCAUCAACCGGGUUGCUGACCUGCUGUACCAGACCGCUCAGGAUGCUGACCUGCGAUACCAGACGGUAUGUGGAGUGCCGUACACUGCUCUACCUCUUGCAACCAUCAUUUGCUCCAAGCGGCAGCUGCCGAUGCUGAUCCGGAGAAAGGAAGCCAAAGAUUAUGGAACGAAGCAACUGGUGGAAGGCACCAUUUCUCCAGGAGACACGUGUUUAAUUAUUGAAGAUGUUGUGACUAGCGGUUCCAGUGUUCUGGAGACGGCAGAGAUCCUCCGGCGAGAGGGGCUGCAGGUGACGGAUGCCAUUGUGCUGGUGGACCGAGAGCAGGGUGGGAGCGAGAAACUGGCAGAAAAUGGAAUCCGACUACACUCGGUCUGUACCCUGACUCAGCUCAUGGAGAUACUGCACACGCUGGGGGCGGUCAGUGCGGGCACGGUGCAGGAAGUCAAAGAAUUCAUCCGAGACAAUAAGGUCACAGCACGGGUAUCUGCACCGACCAAAAAACACGUUCUGGGUCUCCCUUACUCUUCCCGAGCGUUGCUUCCGGACACUCACCCCAUGGCAUCCCGACUCCUCACAAUUAUGGAAAAGAAAAAGAGCAAUCUGUGUGUGUCAGCCGACGUUACUUGCUCUGCAGAGCUUCUUCAGCUGGCCACAGAGCUGGGCCCAUCAGUCUGUAUGUUAAAGACCCACGUGGAUAUCCUGAAUGACUAUACUCCAGAUGUUUCUUUUCGGCUCCGAGCGAUCGCAGAUCUCCACGAGUUCCUCUUGUUUGAAGAUCGGAAAUUUGCAGACAUUGGGAACACAGUUAAACAGCAGUAUGAAGGUGGUAUUUAUAGAAUAUCUUCGUGGUCGGAUGUGGUGAAUGUCCACGCUGUGCCUGGCCCCGGCGUGGUGCAGGGGUUGCGGGAAGCUGGCCUCGCUCUAGGAAGAGGUUGCCUUGUGAUUGCCGAAAUGAGUUCCCAGGGGUCACUGGCAGUUGGAGACUAUACAAAAGAAGCUGUGAAACUGGCAGAGAAUUAUCCAGAUUUUGUUUUUGGGUUCAUUUCGGGAGGCCGUUUGAGUGGAAAGCCGGAGAUGCUGCAUUUAACCCCGGGGGUACAGCUGCAAGCAGGAGGAGAUCAUCUUGGGCAGCAGUAUCAGAGCCCUCAUGAUGUCAUCGCAAAGAAGGGUUCUGACAUCAUCAUUGUGGGGAGAGGUAUCUUAUCAGCCACCAAUCGCUCCGAAGCUGCUGAGGUUUACAGAGCGGCGGGUUGGGAGGCCUAUCUCAGCAGGAUCAAAGCUGAAAAGACUGAGCCCUGACCCAGUAUCCCACAAUCAUGCCUCAAACACGCAUUUUCUGAAUUAUCUUAAAAAAAAAAAAAAAUGUUCUUCAAUUUUUUGCCAUCAACUCAAACAGAUCAGGACUGGGUGAUGGUGUCAGAAGCUUUAGGAAUGCAUUAUAUUUUUUUGUAAUUGUGGCCUAACGCACCCCAUGUAAUGAGCAUUAGAUCCUGGCGUUGUCACAGUCGAGGGGAGCACCGGGUUACGUUGUGGUUACGUUGUGGGGAGCACCGGGUUACGUUGUAGACCUCACGUUUUACAAACCUAGGAAAAUAACGUGACGGCGUGUUUUGUUCGGUCAGUGCGAAGGAGACAAUGCAUCGCAGUGAGGUGGACACAGUUUAUCCAGAGCUGGUUACUGAAUGUGAGCUCUGGAACAUUACAAACUGCACCCCACAAUAAAACAAUCAGAAAAAAAAGGGGUAAAGUAGUUUUUGUUUAGCUUUGACAUUUUCAAUAAAAGUAUCUUUGUCAGAUGAUUAAAGAU